CGUGUGGGGCGGCGGGCAGGGUGCCGUCCUGAGGCGGGCGGCGGGGCAGGGCAAGAGGGGUCAGCGGGGGAGAUGGCGGCGGCCGGCAGCUCUCCCAGCAUCGUCGAGUACUUCGGCGGAGAGGAUGGCUACCGCUGCGGCUACUGCAAGAACGAGAGCGGCAACCUCUCCCACGGUAUGUGGGCACAUUCGAUGACAGUUCAAGAUUACCAGGAUCUCAUAGACAGAGGAUGGCGAAGAAGUGGAAAGUAUGUCUACAAACCUAUCAUGAAUCAAACGUGUUGUCCUCAAUACACAAUAAGGUGCCAAGCUUUGCAUUUUCAGACCUCCAAAUCUCACAAGAAGGUUCUGAAGAAAAUGUUGAAAUUUAUUUCCAAAGGAGAUGUUUCGAAAGCAGCGAGUGAAGAAGAGCCUAUGGAUUCCCAUAUCGAAGAUGUGGUCACGUGUGAUUUUGCCUACAAAAGUGAAUCUCAUGUCAGUCAGUCUGAACUGACACCCCUGAGUGUGGAUCCCACAGAGAGAGUGGAAAAUGAAGAUAAGGGCACAGGAGAAACAAAAGAAGAGGCAAAGGAGCAGAAGGUGGAAUCGGUUUCUCCUCAGAUACCUGCAGAUAAAGACACACCAGUCCCUGGAGAACCAUCACAUUCAGCUAAAACUGUUCAUGCACCGCCCAAGCCAGGGAAAGGGGCUGAUCUGAGCAAGCCACCGUGUCGAAAAGCAAAGGACAUACGGAAAGAAAGAAAACUGCAGAAGCUCCUUCAGAACCAGAUGUGCACACUUGAAGGCUCUCAACUUCAAGCAGGAGACCAAGUUGUCCUCUUGCAAAACUCUAAAUCUAAAACAAACCAACCUAAAACCAUUGAAGACUUUGUUUUUGUCUCUUUACCUGAAGAUGCACGACACAAGUUGGAGGUGAGGUUAGUACCCGUCUCCUUUGAGGACCCCCAGUUCAAAGCGUCCUUCAACCAGUCAGCCACACUAUUUUCCAAGUAUCAGAUGGCCAUACACAAGGAUACACCUUCUGACUGUGGCGAAAAUGAGUUCACGCGCUUCCUCUGUGAUUCUCCUCUGGAGGCAGAGAAUGCACCCAAUGGACCAGAAUGUGGCUAUGGCUCUUUCCACCAGCAGUACUGGCUGGAUGGGAAGAUAAUUGCUGUUGGAGUAAUUGAUAUCCUGCCCUACUGCGUGUCCUCUGUCUAUCUGUACUAUGAUCCAGACUAUUCUUUCUUGUCUUUGGGAGUCUACUCUGCAUUACGGGAAAUUGCUUUUACCAGGCAACUUCACGAAAAAGCUCCUGAUCUCUGUUUUUAUUAUAUGGGUUUCUACAUUCAUUCAUGCCCCAAAAUGAGAUACAAGGGUCAGUACAGACCCUCUGACUUGUUGUGUCCAGAGACGUACGCCUGGACACCUAUUGAGCAAUGUCUGCCCCUGCUCGAGCACUCAAAAUACUGUCGAUUGAACCAGGACGUAAAAGCAGUUGAUGAAGGUUGUGUUAAGGAACUGGGCAGGGUGCGGGUACUUCACAAGAGAACCGUGAUGCCUUACAGCGUGUAUAAGAAGAGAAGGAAGGGGCCAAGCGACGAAGCCAGCGUCCAGCAAUACGCAAGUUUGGUUGGACAGACCUGUUCAGAAAGAAUGUUGUUGUUUAGAAGUUGAAAAAUCAUUAAAUGGCAUUUUUGAUGGCGCUACGUUUCAUUGCACUGCCACUGGAUGAUGUGUACUAUAGCUGUGUGUUGGUUUGCCUACUCAAAUAGCAGUAUGAAAUGCAGGUAUAUAUCUAGGCUUGUGUGAGUACAUGGUACUGUGUCUAAAGGCCAACUCCAAUAAAACUUACAAUACAGCAAGGCUUUAGCAAUAUAAGUUUAGAAAAACAUGCUUGCAAUAUAUCUUAAUCAAGUAGUUCUAGCCUUUCUAUGCAUUUUGAAUAAUUCCAAGUAUCUAAGCAAAAUGAAAAACAGGUGUGUCUUUUUUGUAGAGAUGAAGGUUGACUAAAUCUAGAUUAACAAUAAUUAAAUUACAAAUGUUUUCAAAUAGCACCUUGAAUAUCUGUCGUUUAAAAUUGCCAUGAAAUCUAUGCUCGCAUUUGUAUGCUCCUGAACUGUUGCAAGAGAAUUGAAACGUGCUGUUACUUUCUAAUGUGAAAUCUGGCAUGGUUUCAUUUUAUUUCAGUAGUAUAUUUAAAAAUGGGAAGAAAUGAUUUUGACUGCACAUUCUUCAUUGGUUUAGAGCGGUAGGUUAGUGUCCGAGGUCCUAGUGAAUGUAGGAGUUCAUAGAUUCUCGGUGGCAGGGGAUGCAGAGCUUUGGAAAACUUUCCCCUUGAGAGAAGAAAGAGAAUAGUUGCACUAUAACUAUACCAAAGAUAUGCAGCCGAGUGGCACGGUGUUUUUUUGGUAUAAGCCUUAUCCUUUUGUCUAAAAAGGAGUGGAUAUUUUAAUGCACAUCACUAACGUGAAAUAGAGGAAGGUUUAUCCUACGGCUCGUCAGUGCACAUUUGAGAACUAUGCUAAAAACCAGACGGGAGGUACCGCUGCUGGGGGCUGUUGCAGUGAUGUUCUGCAGAAUUGUAUGGGAGGAUUUACAUAUCAUAUUCCUGCGUUUGUGCCGACUGUUUUGUCGAUGGUGCAGCAGCUCACGGGUUAGCAUCUUUAAGAACAUUUAAAUACUUCUGUUGGAAACACAGGGAGGUGUGAUGCUUUAUGACAGCACUUUAUUAUCUGAUAUAUGAUCCUUGCCAUUAGUGUUGUGUGUCCCUAUCAAGUCAUGCAAAUUAUAAGCAUUUGGGGGAAUAAUGCUAUUUUAUGACUCAGUAAUGUACUACAACUUCAUAAUAAUACCAAUGCAUUUGUCUUUCUUACCUUCUUGGAUAACGGGUGCUAGGAUUUACCUUGAAUCAACUUGAAGUUUCCCGUUAACCUUUGAAGAAAGAUUCUUAUUCAGGAAUAUGUGUGUAGGUUUUUUCCCCAGAAAGGAACAAAAUUCAGUUUUACCCUCUGAGGGUUACGUUUCCUGCUGUUCAGGGGCUUGAUUUGAUUGAACACUUGGCCAAUAUUAUUAAUCAUUGAUUUUUAUGUGGAACAGACGUAAGAAUUUUGGGAUUCCAGUGCAUUGCAAACAUUGAUCUGUUUGAUCGUUGUAGUAAUAUUGAUAUAGAGGGCAGCUUCAGCCGUAAUUAAAAUAAGUAAUCUUAAGUUUUAUUAAUUUGAACGUGUUGUAUUGAUCUGCUCCCAGCCUGCAACAGAAUUGAGUAUGUCUGUAAGCAUUAUAUCUGGUAUGUGUUUAUCUGUUGCCUGGGACUGAGAAGUUUCUGUAUAAUGUACAAUUUAAUUUAUCCAUGUCUUAUCUACACCUAUUGCCGCGAGAGAACCACUAAAUACUACUUAUGAACAUUAUUAUAAAGAGUUCCUUUCUGUGGAGACAAUACUCUUGCCACCCAGUGAAAUGUCAAAUAGUAUAACAUUUUCUGCCUACACAAUGUGUUGAAAAGCGGUGAGGCCCAUGUGGCUUAAAACCAAAAUAAAUGAGAAAACCGAUUUUAUGUUAUAUGAAAAGGUUAGUGGGCAUACAGGAAUUCCAGUAUGGCUUGCAAAAUCUUAAAGAUGAUCAAAACCAUUUAACGAUGGCCUCGCUGUGCUCCUGGAGAAGCUAAAGUUUCCAUUAAAUUGCAAGGGAGCAGACUUCACGUCACCACUGAGAGUUCUUGAAAAGCUCCAUCUUUUUGAGCCCACUGUUACUGGUACGUCUUCUAGAGAUGGAUGAGGCUUUUAUCUGGUGCUCUCUUUCUCUCGGGGAGCUUUUAAGGACUGCAGUUAAAGAAAAGCGAGAUAAAUAUAAAAUUGCAAAUUGAGUACAGCUUGAAGUUGUCAUUAGUGUGACCACUAAAGGUAACUGACCAUUUCCUGUGAAUUCUGAAAUGGUGCUUUCACUUUCUGACCUCCACGGGAACCGCAGCACCAGGGCACUCUGGCCUUCUGACUCCUACCGAGCUCAAACACACACAUAUAUGUUUUUUAAAAAGUCAACAUUAACUCAAAAAUGCAUCUGAUGUGGAAUAUUGAGAUCUGACUCACUUCUUCAGUGUUAUUUUAGAAGAAAAAUGGUGCAGUGCUUUUCAGGACUGAUCAUUCUAUCCCAGUUUUGGAAGUGGAAUAGAAUCUGGGGAUGAAGUUCUGUAAGUUUUGCUAUUGACUUCAGUGGAACUGAAAAUUUACUGCUCUUAUAAUUUUAUUUAAUAAGACAUUGUCAUUGAGAAUUAUUGAACCUAGAAAUAUUAGUACAAAAUAUUUUAUAAGGAUUUUUGGUGUAGUUAGUUGGUGAGGGUUAAUCCUGAAAGUAAGGUUGCCUUGUUCUAUUGUCUGUUGAUAAAUGAGCAUCAAAUGGUGGUAAGAAAAUGCAGGGCAGUAACCAGUGCUAAAAAAUACCACACUUUGUUUUGAUUGGAAAGAAAUGGGGAGCUUCUUUGUUUCCAGCACCCACACAUUUCAGUAAAUGCAAAAGAACCCGCAUGUUGAGUUUGUACUUGCUUUUCAGCAGGCCUGUUUGACUCGUAAGUAUAGAAAAUAAAGUCAUUUCUAAUCUCUGUAAAUAAUCAA